UUUCAGGUCGGAUGCUGUUGGUAACCGGAGCGCAAACAUGGCGGCGCUUAUGAGUGGCAGUGGGGAGCAGAUAGCCCAAAAUGUCUUGGUUACAUAAGCAAGUAAAACGAGUUAAUUGAGAGUAUUUUAGUCGGAAAACAUGGGUUUGGUACGACAUGUCGUGUGCGCAAUGUCGGGCGGAGUCGACAGCUCGGUUGCGGCUUUAUUACUGAAGAGAAGAGGUUACAGGGUGACAGGAGUGUUCAUGAAGAACUGGGACUCUCUGGAUGAAAGUGGGGUGUGUUCUGCAGAGAAGGACUGUGAAGAUGCCUACAGAGUGUGUCAGAGUCUGGACAUCCCCUUCCAUCAGGUGUCCUAUGUCAAAGAGUAUUGGCAUGAAGUUUUCAGUAAUCUGUUGAAGGAGUAUGAGAAGGGCAGGACACCAAACCCAGAUAUUCUCUGCAAUAAACACAUCAAAUUCAACCAUUUCCAGAAGUACGCCAUCAACACUCUGGGUGCUGACGCUAUGGCAACAGGCCACUAUGCCAGGACGUCCCAGGAAGACGACGAGGUUUUCCAGCAGCCGCGCACAGCCCCGCCUCCCACCCUGUUCAGAGAUCGAUUUGAGAUCAGAAAUCCUGUGAGGUUGUACAAAGGAGCCGACCUCCUCAAAGACCAAACCUUCUUCCUCAGUCAGAUCUCACAAGAUGCUUUGCGACAAACUAUGUUCCCGCUCGCUGGACUCACCAAAGAGUUUGUGAAAAAGAUUGCAGCCGAGGCCGGGUUUGACCAUGUGCUGAAGAAGAAAGAGAGCAUGGGGAUCUGCUUUGUCGGAGAGAGAAACUUUGAAAACUUCAUUUUAGAGUAUUUAGAACCAAAACCAGGAAACUUUGUCUGCAUUGAAGAUGGAACUGUUUUGGGAACACACAAAGGUUGGUUCACUCUGACUCUGGGCCAGAGGGCAAGAAUAGGAGGGCAGAAAGAGGCCAUGUUUGUGGUGGACAAAGAUGUUGCUACUGGAGAUGUGUUUGUGGCUCCGACCACCAAUCACCCGUCUCUCUUCCGUGACACGGUGCGAACAGAUCGCUUCCACUGGCUAGCAGUCGAUCCGCCUCCUGAACUGGUCAGAACCCAGAUGAUGGAGUGUCACUUCCGCUUCAUCCACCAGAUGCCACUCAUUCCCUGCACAGUCACCCUCAACAUGGACGGGACUGUGUGGAUUUCACUCUCUCAGCCGGUCAGAGCUCUGACACCUGGACAGUUCGCUGUGCUCUACAAAGGUGACGAGUGUCUGGGCAGCGGGAAGAUCAUCCAGCUGGGCCCCAGCGAAUACACUCUGCAGAAGGGCCGAGAGCGUUUGGGCGCAGCAGCCGCGCAGCAGAAAGAGCAGCCGACGCCUGAACCGAGCAGCUGAGGCGACAUCAGCCCGGCCAAGGUGGAAAUAUCCAGGACAUGAUUUAGAGCACACUGUUGAGGAAAAUAAACUCUCCGUUAAAUGGGGAUUUGUAACAGAGUGCAUCUGAUGGAGGGAUUGUGUUUCAACAGCAUUUUAAACAUGAGACCAAAAGGGUUGAUCUCUGUAUUAUGCGGUUUUCUUCUGGGUGCUCCAAAAAAACACCAACAUCCAAACCAAAGUGUGUGUUGGAGUGCAGAUUUCUUGGUAAUACAAUGAUCUACUCAUUAAAAGUAACCCCAAAUUGAAGAUGAAUUCAGCAUUUUACAUCAGACAUUACAGAACAGAUCUUUACCAACACUUUAGUAGUUAGUUUUAGGUAAAUUAUGUCGGGCUCUACCUGUAAUAUACCGUAUAUUAUGUUCUCUGUUGGACCUCCUGGAUUCACUUCAUGCUGCUGCUGUUAUCUGCUUCAUUGCAAAUGAAGACUGGCUCUUUAAGCCAAACAGCUGCUGGAUAAUGUUGCACUUGAUCUUGACUAUGCAUUUUUGAAGUGCAGUGUGUUUUUCAAAAAUGACUGCGUAAUCAGGAGAAACCAAAGCCAAGCAUGGAAAAUUAAUAUUUAGAGAAUUUUUCUCUCUGUCGAGCCAACAUAUGCAGCCUUGAUAUCUCCUGUAGUGAGUGUGUGUCUGAAUGUGUGUUUUUAAAAGACCCUUUAGUCUGAGGCCUUUAGCGUCGCUCUGUUGUAUUGUAAUAAUAGGAAAACUCUAUCUAGCACACGUUCUGGUGAAUAAUCACUCGGCAAGGCUGCAUGUUGGUCUACAGAAGCUGAUUUUGACAAGUUUUGCUCAUUCAGACUCAUCUAUGACUCAAAGCACCUCUAAUAGUCUUCUAUUUAUGAAGUGUGAUGGGGAACAACCUUGUCAUUUACUGUAGUUCUUCUCACUGUUUCCAAAGCUGCUCGUGUAUCUGUUAAUUUCCUUUCUUCCUUUACUUUUUUCUGGACACCUGCAAGCCUCAGUUUUUCUAUGUGUGUAUUGUGACAUUUCAAAUCACGUCUGACAUUGAUCACUGAAUUGACACCACAAAAUAUGACUUUCUAAUGUGAAAUUAUGGCUUAAAAACUCAGACUACAACAAGUAGCUAUGUUUAUUGUCAACUAAUCGGUGGACUAUUUUCUUGUUCUUAUGUUGAUUGGGUUUGUAAGAAAAUGGAGAAAAAUGUUGAUCAGUGGCCAGAAUGACAUCUUCAAAUGUCAUGUUUGAUCCACAAUCCAGAGUGUUUCCAUUUACUGCCAUCGAGGAUGAAAGAAACCAGAAAGUAUUCCUUUUUAAGGCUUGAUUUAGAGUAUUUGGACUUUUCUACCAUGUAAAACUGAAGAAUCAGAAUGGUUUUCAGUUAAUAUUAUAGUUGAGAACUAACUAAUUAUUGUUGCAGCUCUACCAAAAAACCACACAAACCAAGUUGCAAAAUAGCACAGAAUGUUGCGAUAUUUCACGUUUCAUCCCUUCAGUUACAUUUUGAAGCUACUUUAAAUACUUUUUCCAGUUAUUCAUUGUGAAUUUAUGGUCAUGUUUGCAAUGUCCGAGUGCUGAGGAACUCAAAAAAUGUUUUUAAAAACAAAAUCGGUGCCUUUUUCAACAGUCGAGGAGGUAAAAUAACAAAUUGUACGUACUUAAAAACUGAAGAUUGAGUGAAUAAACUAAAAAUAUCUGAA